AUGUCUGGAAAGAACAUUGAUGACUAUGAUUUUGAUGAGGAGCUCGAGCCUUUUUCUCCACAUAUUGCGGAUGAUCCGUAUCCUACUUGCUUCAGGAUGCCGACCAUGCCCACGUAUAAUGGAACCACUAAUCCGUCCAAUCACCUAGGGUCCUUGAACACACUGAUGAUGGCCCACAAUGUAAAUGUCUACCUAAGGUGUAUUCUAUUCCCUGUAAGAUUGACUGGACCAUUAAAAUUAUGGUUCAAUAAAUAUAAAAAUCAUUCAAUCACCUCCUGGAAAAAAUUGUCCUCCAAGUUCAAGAGACAGUUUCGAGCUGCAAAAGGCAUUCGAGUAGAGGCCAAUUCAUUGGCUAACAUCAAGCAACAUCUUGGUGAAUCCCCGAAGGCCUAUCUCAACCAAUUCACAAAUGUAGUGGCCCGCUCUACAGAUGCUCGUGAUUGCUCUAAGCUCAUGGCUAUGAGGAUGGUAAUUACCGUGGGAGGAGAUUUGCGGAAGGAAUGCCAGAGAAAAGGAGUAAAGAGUGUAGAUGAAUUCUUGGCUCGAGCUCAAGAAUGGAUAAACCAGCCAGCCCUCAUUCAACCUACUGGAGUUGUAACGGAAGUUGUAGCUGUGGCUGAGCCUGCUACUCAGAAUAACCAAUCGGGGGGCAAUAAACAGAAAAGGAAUAAUACACGAGAACGUAUCUUCUUGGGAAAUUCUACUCGCCUUCCAUGGAAGAAACUAGAGCCCUUGAGACAUCAAAGGGUUAAGCUUUUCCGGUAUCAUAAUGACAUCGGCCACAACACUGACGAUUUUUGUAUACUGAAUGAUGAGAUCAAGACUCUCAUCCGGGCUAGACCGUUAGCACAAUACGCUCAAAACAGGAGGUUCAGUUUUGAUGCAUCCAACAAUGAAGCAGAGUACGAGGAAUUUUUGGUUGGAGUUCGAGUAGCAAAAGAGGUGAAAGCAAAGUGUGUUCUGCUAGAGGAAGCACAGACCAUCCUCCAAGAAAUACACGAAGGGUUUUGUGGAGACCACGCUGGGUGGCAAAACAUAGCUCUAAAGUACUCUGAAGGGUGUUUUUUGGCUAACGAAGAUCCUAAAGAUGGUGUAUUGGGAAUGAACUUGGAAGCACUCUACCAAAUUGUGGAAAUUUUGCAUGUAGGAACCUUCAAACUAGCUCGGUUAGGUGGAGAAUUGGUUCCACAGACCUGA